CAAACGCUCCAGUCGAAGUACACCGACUCUUUCCUGUCCUGUCACUCUUCCAACCAGCAAAAUGUCUCGGGAUUAUUUUGGAUUCUCCUACAUCACAAGUAGUGCAAAAAAUGGCAUCAGCACCAAUGUGGUCAACAAUGCAGCAGACAUCUCUGUUAUUGUGAUUUAUUUUGUGGUCGUCUUGGCCGUGGGUGUAGGGGCGAUGGUCCGAACCAAUCGAUCCACUGUGGGAGGGUUCUUCCUAGCCGGGAGGAGUAUGGUGUGGUGGCCGAUCGGCGCAUCCCUCUUUGCCAGCAACAUUGGCAGCGGUCACUUUGUUGGGAUUGCUGGAACUGCUGCAGCAGCUGGAAUAGCUACUGGUGGAUUUGAAUGGAAUGCUCUUAUUGUUGUUGUUAUCCUUGGGUGGCUCUUUGUGCCAAUCUACAUUAAAGCUGGGGUGAUCACUAUGCCCGAGUACCUCAAGAAGAGGUUUGGAGGACAGCGUAUUCGCAUCUAUCUCUCUGUGCUUUCCCUCUUCCUCUACGUUUUUACCAAGAUCUCUGCAGACAUGUUCUCCGGUGCCAUCUUUAUCAACCAGGCUCUAGGGCUUAAUAUCUACGUUGCUGUUAUUGCCCUACUGGCGAUCACAGCACUGUACACAGUCACAGGUGGACUGGCUGCAGUGAUUUACACAGACACCUUACAGACCAUCAUCAUGGUUAUCGGCUCCUUCAUUCUGAUGGGAUUUGCUUUUACUGAAGUGGGGGGCUAUGAGAACUUCCAGAGGCUCUACAUGGCUGCAGUCCCGAGCAUCGUUGGCAACAUCAGCUCAAAGUGCUACGAGCCUCGGGCCGACUCCUUCCAUAUUUUCAGGGAUGCUAUAACAGGGGACUUGCCAUGGCCUGGCUUGGUGUUUGGACUUACUAUUCAGGCCACCUGGUACUGGUGCACGGAUCAGGUGAUUGUCCAGCGUUGCCUCUCGGCCAAGAAUCUCUCUCAUGUUAAAGGAGGCUGUAUCUUAUGUGGCUACCUGAAGCUGUUUCCCAUGUUUCUCAUGGUGUUUCCUGGGAUGAUAAGCAGGAUCCUCUAUCCUGACGUGGUGGCCUGUGUGGACCCAGAGGAGUGUAAAAUGCACUGUGGUACUAGUGUGGGAUGCACCAACAUUGCUUAUCCCAAGCUGGUGGUGGACCUAAUGCCUAAUGGUCUGAGAGGUCUGAUGCUGUCUGUGAUGUUGGCGUCUCUCAUGAGCUCCUUGACCUCCAUUUUUAACAGUGCUAGUACUCUCUUCACCAUGGACAUCUACACUAAGAUCCGUCCUCACGCCAGAGAAAAGGAACUCAUGAUUGCUGGCAGAGUGUUCAUCUUGGCCCUGAUUGGUGUGAGCAUAGCGUGGAUCCCUGUGGUGCAGACGGCUCAGAGUGGCCAGCUCUUCGACUACAUCCAGUCAAUCACCAGCUAUCUCACGCCACCUGUUGCGGCCGUCUUCAUGCUUGCCAUCUUUUGCAAACGUGUCAAUGAGUCUGGGGCCUUCUAUGGACUCACCAUUGGCUUGUUAAUAGGACUGUCCAGGAUGAUUACAGAGUUUAUUUAUGGGACGGGCAGCUGUGUUACACCCAGUAACUGUCCCACCAUCAUCUGUGGAGUCCACUACCUCUACUUUGGGAUUAUCCUGUUUGUCGUCUCCUGCAUCAUCAUACUCGGAGUUUCUCUAAUGACCAAACCCAUCGAUGACAAGCAUCUGUUUCGACUGUGCUGGAGUCUGAGAAACCGUACGGAGGAAAGAAUAGACAUCGAACCAGAUGACUGGGUUAAAGAUGACAGUGAUGACAUGGAAAUAGAAGAACCUGAGGAAGAACCAGGCUUCUGCAAGAAAGCAGCCAUGUGUUUCUGUGGACUGGAGCAGAAAAAAGCCCCAAAAUUGACUCCAGAGGAGGAAGAGGAGCUGAAGAAGCAGCUCACAGAUACAACAGAAGUGCCUCUCUGGAGAAACAUUGUCAACGCCAACGCCAUCAUUCUCUUGUGUGUGGCUGUGUUCUUUCAUGGAUACUUUGGCUAGAGAAACCAGAAUCGCUCCUGGACAUUGUAAUUUAUAUUUAAGCCACAUGAUUUCUGGUGGAUAUCCUUUAUGACAACAUCUGACAUUUCUCAACCCUCUGAAAAAAGAUAAAGAACGUUUCCGUGUCAUGUGUAGAGACCACUUAUCUAAUCCACAACAUGACAUGUGCCCUUCUGAUAGGUUCUUUUAUUUCCUGGUAUUGGUCACAUGAGUCAAAAAGUAAACCAUCCGGUAAUAUAUUAACACAUACAAACCUGUUAAAAAACACUUAUUCUGAAUUUUAUACUUGUAAAGAUUCCUGAGUCAUCUAGGAAUUUGCUUUAUGUGUUAUAUUUUAUUUUUGCGACUGAUGUGCAGCAGCGUAUAUCUCAUAUGAUAGAGCUCCAGUUUGGAGCAAAUUCUGACUGGAAAUGUAUUUUUCUAUAUAUUUUAAACAUGAAGAUGUUUUUAAAGGUGUCGUUUACUCAAAAACAAUACUUUAAUGAUUAUUACUCAUUAUAAUCUGUCACUAAGUUUUCAUGCAGGUUGAACACAAAAAUAGUCUUUUCAUCUAUGUCCUGCAUUAGUUUCUGAUAAAUAAUAGAUGGUGAAAAUCUAGGAUUUGAAAAUCCUCACAGCUCUUCAUCAAAUUGUGAGUUAGUAUUCAUGAAUUUGCCCAUCUUAACUCGCAACGGGGAAGGUUGAUGUUGUUUUAAUGUCUGGGAAUCAGCAGAGGAUGUCUCGGCUAGAAGCUCACUUUACCACACGGCAGAAGCUGCUCCAGGCUUGUGUUAUUUGUUGCAAGUCAGUGGUAGAGUCACUUCGCUGUUAUCUAAUCCAGGAAAAGAUGUCCAAAUAUCAGGAAAUAAAACUCCAAACCUGCUGUGCUAAGCUCUCCUGUGUCGUUGUAGACUUGUACCUGCUGGGAUUGGGCUUUGUGGGCUGUUUUGUGCCCUGAGUACUGCCUGCAAGGCAUUUAUUCCUACUAAAAACCACUGGAAAUGUGUUGAUUAAAUGAGUAAUCCACACCUUUAAUCUCUUUGAACACAGGAACGAUAAAUGCUACUUUAGUCCAAUGAAUAUUCAGAAGGGAUAUAGAAAUGACACUGAUGAGACACCGCUGUUGGGGAUAUCACCCAGUGCGACGGGCUGGAUGUCUAACCUACAAAGAGUGAAUGAGAAGGACACAUACCCCCUCAGGUAGUCCGUGUGCUACCUCAUUAUCUUCUGCUGUUUUCUUGUUCUGUGUGCUCAAAGUCCACAAGAGUUGUAACUUCUUACAUUCAAGCACUUUUACUAUGUUGUUUUAGAUGUUAAUGAAUAAAAACCUGGCAGGAAAAAGAGUUUUGGAAUUACUAGAAGCACCCAGACUCCAUUCCAGCCAGUGAUUAUAAAUUAUUUACAGACAAAAAAUUACUAUGUUGCACUUUUUCUGCCCAAAUGUGAUCAUGUUGAGGUAAAUUAUACAUUUAUUCAGUAAAUAAAUGAAUGCUGGAAUCUAAA